UUAUCACAAUUUCCAACUUUCAAAAUGAUCGAUAACUUGGACGAGCAACAAAGCUACACAGAUAACAACGAGCAACAACAGAAAGUUCCAGAAGACCCAACACAACCCAAAACCCCAACCUCUAGCACCACCACAGAACCACCAUCAAUGGCGGAAACCGAUUCAGCUCAAGCCCAAGAAACCGUUACUCACGAGACCCAAAACAAGCCGACGACCGUUUCAUUUAGCAUUUGGCCACCGACUCAACGUACUCGUGACGCCGUCAUUAGCCGUCUCAUCGAGUCUCUAUCAACACCGUCCAUACUCUCAAAACGGUACGGCACUAUCCCCCACGACGAGGCUACCGAUAUUGCUAAGCUGAUUGAGGAGGAGGCUUUUACCGCCGCUGGAUCCACGGCUAUAGGUGAUGACGAUGGCAUUGAGAUACUUCAGGUUUAUUCGAAGGAGAUCAGUAAACGCAUGCUUGACGCCGUUAAGUCCAGAUCUGCUCCGUCUGCUGAUGAUUCUGCCGCUUUAACGGAGACUGAGAGUAAACCGUCAUCGGAGCCUAUCUCUGAUUCGGCUGACACGGGGGAAAACUCAUCCAUUGAAACUGAAUCCUGAAAAAUGCACCGAGGUCAUGUUUUCUUAAGUAUAUGUCUCUGUUGUGAGAAAAUUUCUAGGGCUCCGCUAAUCUACAAUUUACAAGAUGCGUUUUACCUUGAGAUCAUCUUUAUGCCGUCUAUGGAUUAUUAAAGUGGUUAAAUGUAAUGUUAGAUAUCUUGGAAAUGCUAUCUAAAGGUGGUUGAUGGAUAAAGUUUGGAUUUUGAUGUAAUGUUAGAUAUCUUGGAAAUUUCCUUUUAAUGCCUUUUGAUGUGCAUGCUAUUGACGGUUUCUGCUUAUAUAUCCUUUUAAUGCCUUUUGUUA